AGGUGACACUGGCAGCGGUGAGUGCACUGUCCCCUCAGUCAGGAUUUAUAGGUGACACUGGCAGCGCCGAGCACCCGGACACAGCCGCCCCUCCCCGCCGUGCAGCUGAUGUCAGGAGGCGGCGCCCUGAUCGGGGUAUCUGGGAGUCGGACUCAGCUGACGGUCCCUGGCUGCCUAGGAUGCUGCGGGCCGACAGGUACACCACCAAGGCCUUGUCACACUCAGCAUGGAGCCCCUGCAACCCGAAGACCCUCCCGGGAAUGUGACGGAUCAGUGUUACAGAGCACACUCUCGCAGUUCUGUACUACAGGGGCUUCCAUUCGGCGGAGUCCCCACUGUCCUGGCUAUAAACUUCUUGGCAUGGCUGGUUCUGCUGCUGGUAUUCUCAUGUGUUAGGAAGGCAGCCUGGGACUAUGGGCGCCUCGCUCUCCUGAUAGACAAUGACAGCCGGGCCAUGCGACGCAGAUGGACAUCAUAUAACCUAACCUCUCUCUUUUAUGGGGAAACGAACGACAAGGAGAAGUCCCCCUGUGAGACCGGCCCACCAGACCUGAGCAGUAAAGAUCAGGGAUUCUGCUCCUGGCUCAGCUCCAUUUAUCAGAUGAAGGAUGAAGAAAUUCAGAGUAAAUGUGGAGUGGAUGCCAUCACCUAUCUGUCCUAUCAGCGCCACCUGCUGGUGCUGAUGUUACUUGUCUGUGUCAUUUCUGUGUCUGUCAUACUGCCAGUGAACUUCUCUGGAGAUUUGCUGGGCGACAGUCCGGCACAGUUUGGUCGUACGACUAUCGUCAAUGUUCCCACACAAGACCGCUUCCUGUGGCUGCACAGUGUAUUCGCGCUGGUCUACUUCCUGAUGACCGUGCUGUGUAUGAGCCACCACAAUGCCGCGUUACAUCACAGGGAGGACGAUAAGGUGGCUCGGACGCUGAUGGUCACUCGGAUUCCUCGUGAAAUUUCUGAUACCUCUCUCAUCACCAAACAUUUUCAUGAGGCGUAUCCCAGCUGCACAGUUAACGAUGUCCAGUUCAGCUAUGACGUCCGGCGACUGAUGAAGCUGGACACAGAGAGGCGCCGGGCUAUGAAAGGCCGCGUGUAUUUUGCUGGACGGUCUCAGAAAGAAGGGAGGAUUCUCAUCACAACACAUCCGUGUGCCCGGAUCUGCCCGUGUGACUGCUGCGGCUUCCAGAAGGUAGAGGCGGAGCAGUACUACGCAGAGUUGGAGGAGAAGCUGACUGACGAGUUUACAGCUGAGAGGAACCGAAUCCCUCUGAAGAGACUGGGGACGGCAUUUGUCACCUUCCAGGAUGAAAGGAUGACAGCAGUAAUUAUCCAGGACUAUAACCGGCCACGUUGCAAACGAGCCCCACAGCAAUCCUCUGUCACCCCCAUCCUCCAGUCCCCCAAGUGGGGGGUGCGUUAUGCCCCGGCCCCCAAUGACGUCAUCUGGGAGAACUUGGCAGUGUCUGGAUGGAUUUGGUGGCUUCGGUUGGUGGGCAUAAAUGUGGCCUUGUUCAUCCUGCUGUUCUUCCUGACUACCCCGGCUGUCAUUGUCAGCACCAUGGACCGAUUCAACGUCACUCACCCUGCAGAGAACUUACGGAAUCCAGUUAUAACCCAGUUUCUGCCCACUUUCCUGCUGUGGAUGUUCUCUGUGUGCCUGCCCUUUCUUGUGUACUAUUCUGCAUUCUUGGAGGGUCACUGGACCAGAUCUAAUGAAAAUGAGCUAACGAUGCACAAGUGUUAUUUCUUCCUCGUGUUCAUGGUCAUCAUACUGCCCUCUCUAGGUCUGACCAGCUUGGAUCUGUUUUUCCGCUGGCUGUUUGAUGUUCACUUCUUGGAAUCGGCCAACUUGAAGUUCCAGUGUGUAUUUCUCCCCAACAAUGGGGCAUUCUUUGUGAAUUACGUCAUCACAGCCAGUCUGAUUGGCACCGCCAUGGAGCUGCUGCGGAUUCCUGGCCUCACUCUGUACGCGGCCCGCCUUUGCCUGGCCAAGUCUGUGCCCGAGCGGCUGCACGUGAAACGGAAUCAGGCCUAUGAAUUCCAGUUUGGCCUGGAGUAUGCCUGGACCACUUGUGUCUUCUCGGUGGCGAUGACUUACAGCAUUACUUGUCCCAUCAUCGUUCCCUUUGGACUCCUGUAUCUGCUGCUGAAACAUAUGACUGACAGAUACAAUAUUUAUUACGCCUAUAUCCCUACGAUGCUGAGCCCCAGUCUGCACGCAGCGGCAUCCCACCAGCUCCUUGCUGCUCCUAUCCUCUGCAUCUUCUGGUUGCUCUUCUUCUCUGUCCUGAGGCUGGGGUCCACACACCCGGUCACCCUGUUUACGUUUACCACCCUCCUCUGCUGUUUGCUGUUCUCGGUUUUUGGACUUUGUUUCAGAAAACUGCGACCGAAGAGACCAUCGAGCUAUCAGAUGUCUGAGCAGGGCGAGGGGAUCAUCCAGGACACGGAAAGCGCCAGUAUAUCAUCUGCGCUUCAAUCCACGAUUUUUGUGGCCUCUGUCCUCCAAGAACAGGACCUCUCGCCUCUAGCCUCUCCUGCUCACCCUACAUACGGUGCUCUAGAGACCAGAGCUGACAGCCCAGGGGAGGUGCCAGAGGCGGCUGCUGCAAACUCGGAGGACACUUACAGUAAGGGGGAAGAUAUGUGAAGGGACCAUCGCCUAGGGGUACCGGUCCUCCUUACGCUGUGUGUGCGAUUCUCCACAUAGGGGAUUAUACAGCUCCUCUCCCAGCAUUGGAUGGGUCAAGCUGGGAUUUAUUGGGCAGACACCUGGACAGACAGUGUGUGGGCCAGCCUGUAUCGUGGGGCCCCGUGGUGGCCAUUGAACCUUUAUUAGGUGUAUGCCCUGACUUUUCCUGCUGAGACUGCGUGCCUCCAGGACACCUGUGAGGUCAUUAUACAGAAAGCUGCGUGCAAGAAAAUCGGUCACGUGAAGGGGGUGUGGCUAAUACCGCUGAGCCCCACCCAUCUCCCAUUAACAUGUUGUCACACUCCAGCUCUCUACUUGUAUUACCGGACCAUGGGGCCUCUGUGUUACAUAUGUGUAUGUGUGUUCUCUCAUGCGAUCAUGACAUGGAAACCUCUUUAUAGCUGCGUUCCCUGGCUCUAUUUUUCGUUUGCAUGGGGACAGCGUAUUUUGCAUUUGAAAAAUGUUAUUUAAAAACUUGCUGAUUUUUGCCAAAUAUAAUUUUAACAGAAGAGAA